AUGGUUCUUGAAGCUACAAUGAUUGCUAUCGAUAACUCCGAGUAUAUGAGAAAUGGGGAUUAUCUAACCACUAGAUAUGAUGCACAAUUGACUGCUGUUGAAUAUAUUUUUCAAAAUAAGAUCAAUUCAAACCCUGAAAACACUGUGGGUCUAUUGGCUCAUGGUGGCACACGCCCAAUAGUAAUGAGUACGUUGACUACAGACUUUGGUAAGAUAUUGUCUAGCAUUCACGAUCUUAAAAUCUCCGGCGAAAAUCAUUUCAGCGAUGGACUCGAGGUGGCUGCAUUGGCUUUAAAGCAUCGUCAAAAUAAAGUACAACACCAAAGGAUUAUAAUAUUCGUUGGGUCCCCCUUGGAAGAGUCCGAUAAGGAAUUGGAGAAACUCGCCAAGAAAAUGAAGAAGAACAAUGUGGCUAUUGAUAUUAUAAACUUUGGUGAAGAGAAUGUAAAUACAAGCAAAUUGGAAAAAUUCCACUCCAUUGUGAACAACCACGAUAAUUCGCAUUUGGUUACAAUUCCACCAGGGCCAAGGUUGCUAUAUGAAGUAGUUGCCACUUCUCCAAUUUUGAUGGAAGAAGGUGCUUUCGGAGGUGCAGGUAGUGGUGGUGAUGAACAGGACUUUUUCGGUGGAGGUGUUGCCGGUGCAGGAGACAUUAUUGACCCCAACAUGGAUCCUGAUUUGGCUUUAGCAUUGAGGUUGUCUUUGGAAGAAGAGAAGGCCAGACAAGAGAGGGAAGCUGCUGAAAAAGCUAAAAGCGAAGGCGGAGGAAGUGAUAAGCCCGAAGAGUCGAAAAAGAAUGAUCAAGACGGGGACGGUGGGGAUCAAAAUCAAGAUGUCAAGAUGGAAGAUUCUAAAUAG